GUCGGCGGUUGUCCACCUUAAUCGUCAGUUCGACUCCGGUUCCGCUUCGCGACGGUUGAUCUAAAGCCAGCCCAUCAGAAAAUGCCGAAACUAGUGCUCCACACGCUGCACCUUAGUCCCCCGUGCCGAGCCGUCGAAAUGACGGCCAAAGCACUGGGACUAGAGCUGGACCAGCAGCCGGUGAACCUGCUAACCGGUGAUCAUCUGAAGCCGGAGUUCCUGAAGCUCAAUCCUCAACAUACGAUUCCGGUGCUGGAUGAUGGUGGCACAAUCAUUCCCGAAAGCCACGCCAUCAUGAUUUAUCUGGUGACGAAGUACGCGAAAGACGAUGCCCUCUACCCGAAGGAUGCGGUCAAGCAGGCACGUGUCAACGCGGCUCUGCACUUUGAGUCCGGGGUCCUUUUCGCUCGGAUGCGCUUCAUCUUAGAGCGCAUUCUUUUCGGUGGCCAACCGGACAUUCCCGAGGAUCGGGCAGAGUACGUUCGAAAGUCGUACCGCCUACUAGAGGACACCUUGGUCGAUGCGUACGUGGCGGGUGACCACCUAACGGUGGCUGACUUCAGUUGCGUGUCCACGAUCGCUUCCGUUGCGGGUGUGGUGCCGAUGGAAGCGUCGGAGUACCCGAAGAUCCACGCCUGGAUCGACCGCCUGAAGCAGCUGCCGUACUACGAGGAAGCCAAUGGCAGCGGUGCAACCGAACUGGCAAAGUUCGUUCUGUCGAAAGCGGAAGCUAACGGAACCACUCGGGUUUCUGCCACACUACACGUUAUACCGCGAAACGGCCACAUGUCGAACAUUAAGCUAUACACGGCGACUCUGAGCCCUCCGGGGCGGGCAGUCCAGUUGACGGCGCAUCUUCUUGGACUGCCGCUCGAUAUCGUGCCGAUCGACCUGAUGGCCGGCGAUCAUCGAACAGCCGAAUUCCUGAAGCUGAACCCUCAGCACACGAUCCCCGUGAUCGCCGACGGGGGCAUAGUUCUCCGGGAUAGCCAUGCGAUCAUUAUCUACCUCGUGCAGAAGUACGGUAAGAAGGAACACUCCCACCUCUACCCAGAGGAUCCGGUCACUAGGGCAAAAAUCAACGCUGCAUUACACUUCGACUCCGGCGUGCUGUUCUCGCGGCUGAGAUUCUACUUCGAACCAAUCCUUUACGGUGGAUCUUCGGAAUUGCCCCAGCACAAGAUCGACUACCUGAGGAAAGGCUACGAACUGCUGAACGAUGCCCUGGUGGACGACUAUAUCGUGGGGAACACGCUAACGUUGGCCGAUCUGAGCUGCAUCGCGACGAUUGCCACAAUGGAAGCCUUUUUCCCGAUGGACGAUCGCGCCAAGUACCGGAAGCUAGUCGCCUGGAUCGAUCGGAUGAGCCGGCUGCCUGAUUACGAUCGGUUCAAUCAACAGGGAGCGGUCUAGUUUUCCGAAAUGUGUGAGUCCUUACGGCUGGCCAAUGCGGCCAAAGGG